AUGGCGUACAACGGCCAAGGCCACGGACAAGGCCAUGGACACGGCCACGAGUAUGGCGGUGGAGGCCACCCUCUGCAGGAUCUUCCCGCCGGCGGCAGCAGCUAUCACCUGCCGCCGCAGGAUCACGAGGACGACGCCGGCCGUUACCUGCUCAACGAGCCUCCCAUGGUCGGCUACGAGCAGGAUCGCCUCAGCGCCGGCACGCCUCCGGUCCGCCCCGUCUCCGCCUACAGCCUCACCGAGUCGUACGCGCCCGGCGCGGCCUCGACGACGCCCGUGCCCGGCGGCGGCACCUUUAGCGAUCACGGCGGCUACAACCAGUUCCCGCAGGACGGCGUCUACAACUACUCGCGGCCCGUCUCGACCAUCAACGACCCCGAGGAGAGCUGGAUGCAGCGGCAGCAGCAGGCCGGCACCGUCUCCCGCGCCGGCGGCGGCCUCAAGCGCUACAACACGCGCAAGGUCAAGCUCGUCCAGGGCUCCGUCCUGAGCAUCGACUAUCCCGUCCCCAGCGCCAUCAAGAACGCGGUGCAGGCCAAGUACCGCGACGUCGAGGGCGGCAACGAGGAGUUCAUGAAGAUGCGCUACACGGCCGCCACCUGCGACCCCAACGACUUCACGCUCAAGAACGGCUACGAUCUGCGUCCCCGCAUGUACAACCGCCACACGGAGCUGCUCAUCGCCAUCACCUACUACAACGAGGACAAGGUGCUGCUCGCCCGGACCUUCCACGGCGUCAUGCAGAACAUUCGCGACAUCGUCAACCUCAAGAAAUCGACCUUUUGGAACAAGGGCGGCCCCGCCUGGCAGAAGAUCGUCGUCUGCCUCGUCUUCGACGGCAUCGAAAAGGCCGACAAGAACGUGCUCGACGUGCUCGCCACCGUUGGCAUCUACCAGGAUGGCGUCGUCAAGAAGGACGUCGACGGCAAGGAGACGGUCGCCCACAUCUUCGAGUACACGAGCCAGCUGUCCGUCACGCCCAACCAGCAGCUCAUCCGGCCGACCGAGGACAGCGCCCAGACGCUGCCGCCCGUCCAGUUCAUCUUCUGCCUCAAGCAGAAGAACAGCAAGAAGAUCAACUCGCACCGCUGGCUCUUCAACGCCUUCGGCCGCAUCCUGAACCCCGAGGUCACCAUCCUCAUCGACGCCGGCACCAAGCCCGGCCCCCGCUCCCUGCUCGGCCUCUGGGAGGGCUUCUACAACGACAAGGACCUCGGCGGCGCCUGCGGCGAGAUCCACGCCAUGCUGGGCAAGGGCGGCCGGAAGCUGCUCAACCCGCUCGUCGCCAUCCAAAACUUCGAGUACAAAAUCUCCAACAUCCUCGACAAGCCGCUCGAGAGCUCCUUCGGCUACGUCAGCGUCCUGCCCGGUGCCUUCUCGGCCUACCGCUUCAGGGCCAUCAUGGGCCGGCCGCUCGAGCAGUACUUCCACGGCGACCACACCCUCUCCAAGAUCCUCGGCAAGAAGGGCAUCGACGGCAUGAACAUCUUCAAGAAGAACAUGUUCCUGGCCGAGGACCGCAUCCUCUGCUUCGAGCUCGUCGCCAAGGCCGGCCAGAAGUGGCACCUGACCUACAUCAAGGCCGCCAAGGGCGAGACGGACGUGCCCGAGGGCGCCGCCGAGUUCAUCAGCCAGCGCCGCCGCUGGCUCAACGGCUCCUUCGCCGCCUCGCUCUACGCCCUCAUGCACUUUGGCCGCAUGUACAAGAGCGGCCACAACAUCCUCCGCAUGUUCUUCCUGCACAUCCAGCUGCUCUACAACUUCCUCAACCUCAUCUUCUCCUGGUUCUCGCUCGCCUCGUACUACCUGACGACGACGGUCAUCAUGGACCUCGUCGGCACCCCCAUCGUCGCCAGCAGCACCACGUCGGAGCAUCACGCCUGGCCCUUUGGCGACACGGCGACGCCCAUCAUCAACGCGCUCCUCAAGUACCUCUACCUCGCCUUUGUCAUCCUGCAGUUCAUCCUCGCUCUGGGCAACCGGCCGAAGGGUUCCAAGUUCACCUACAUCGCCUCCUUCAUGGUCUUCGGCUUCAUCCAGGCCUACAUCCUCGUCCUCUCCGGCUACCUCGUCGCGCGCGCCUUCGACACGCCCAUCUCCGAGCAAAUUUCCCUCGCCUCGGGCACCGAGUUUGUGAAGAGCUUCUUCGCCGGAUCCGGCGCCGCCGGCGUCAUCAUCGUCGCCCUCAUCACCAUCUACGGCCUCUACUUCCUCGCCUCGUUCCUCUACCUCGAUCCCUGGCACAUGUUCCACUCGUUCCCCCAGUACCUGGUGCUCAUGUCCACCUACAUCAACAUCCUCAUGGUCUACGCCUUCAACAACUGGCACGACGUUUCCUGGGGCACCAAGGGAUCCGACUCGACCGACGCCCUGCCGUCGGCCCACAUCACCAAGGGCGAGAAGAACGAGGUCGUCGUCGAGGAGAUUGAGAAGGAGCAGGAGGACAUUGACAGCCAGUUCGAGCAGACGGUGCGCCGCGCCCUCGCUCCCUUCAAGGAGGCCGAGGACGACGAGAAAAAGGACGUCGAGGAUGGGUACAAGUCCUUCCGCACGGGCCUCGUCGUGUCCUGGCUGUUUUCCAACAUGCUGCUGGUCAUCGUCAUCACGAGCGACAACUUCAACUCCUUUGGCAUCGGUAAAUCCGCCUCGGACCGCACCGCCAACUUCUUCAAGUUCCUGCUGUACGCCACCGCCGUCCUGUCGCUGGUUCGCUUCUUCGGCUUCCUGUGGUUCCUGGGCAAGACGGGCAUCAUGUGCUGCUUUGCGCGAAGAACGCAGAAGAAGGAGCAGAAGCAGGCUGAAAAUGCCGAGGGCCAAGUUGCUGGAGGAAAGAAGAAGAAGGUGACGGCGGCGCAGCUCCGGGUCCAAAAAGACCUGUCGGAGCUGUCGCUCGGUUCGACGAUGAAGAUGGACUUUCCCGACCCCGACGACAUCCUCAACUUUGUGCUCACCAUCGAUCCGGACGAGGGCAUGUACCACUCGGGCAGGUUCACCUUUGACUUUGCCAUCAACCAAAACUUCCCGCACGAGCCGCCGAGGGUACGAUGCCGAGAGACCAUCUACCACCCCAAUAUCGAUCUGGAGGGCAAGGUGUGCCUGAACAUUCUGCGGGAGGACUGGAAGCCGGUGCUGAACCUCAACGCCGUCAUUGUGGGGCUGCAGUUUUUGUUCCUCGAACCGAACGCUUCCGACCCUCUGAACAAGGACGCGGCCGAGGAACUACGACGAAAUCGCGAUGGGUUCAAAAGAAACGUGCGAGUGACCAUGGCCGGAUGCGUUUUCAAGGGCACCACGUACGAUCGGGUCUUGGUAUAG